UUCUUGGUAAAAUCUACGUCUUCUGGUGAAAAGCAUUACAAAUAAUCGAAUCCAAAACUAUCGAUAGCUAACAAGAUGGCAGUUCCCUUGAUUCAGCGUUGCCAGAAACUUAUGCGAAACCACGCGAAAUUUCACAAAAAAAGUAAACAUGCCACUGGAGCCCCAGCGGUAUAAAUAUUAUAAAACGCAAUUGGGCGAUUCAUUGCUGAGCGCCACAGCUCUUAUUCGUCAUUAUUACACCACAUUGUGCUCUCAAACAUCACAGCUAAUCGUCCAAGCAGAUCGCAUUUGGGAACUGAGUCAACGGCACCGUUUGCUUGCUGGCAUAAAGGAAGCUGCUGCCGCCACCCUACUCUCAGCCUGCCAUGACGCAUACCAACCCAUAUACCACUGCAUAAAGCAACUACAGGAAGCCGUUUCUGAGGUCUCUAUUCAUGUGGCAGACUUCGAACGUGAAUACCAAGCUCUGCAAUCUGAGCUCAACCAGACGGACGAGCUGCGUUGCUGUUCACUAGCCAAAUGGAACGCUUGGUUAGCACAAACAUUGAGAGUAUUACAAACGCAGGUCAAGUUCUUGGAGUUGGAUUCACGUGCACUACUGCCUGGGCUCGUCGAUACCACAACAGUCAAACAGUUUAAACGCGAUCUUGAGGUGACUGCACACUACAAAGCUAGCAUUUGUUUGGGCUUGGCCGAAGCCGAUCGACGUUCUGAGCUUUUGCCUCCGAUUAAUUGAUGGACGAUGCUAUUGCUAAACAGCACCACAUAAUUUAUUUAAACAAAAUAAACGUCUAAUCUAAUAUCAUACAAUCUAUCGUCUUCAACAAAUCAAUUUCUAUGCCGAUUCGCGCGGUAGUUUCCUGCUCCUUGUCGCGGCUCGAUGAUGGUCACAAGAUCACAAAACAAAAACAAAAAAAUAUAAGCAUUGGAUUCUUUUUUUUAAGCACUGCAAUACUUGAAAUUUAUUCAAAACAUUUGUAAUUUGGUGUUGUGUGAUUCUGUCUGUAUGUUGUUUAUGGUUUUCAUAUCAUAAUUUUUUUCUCAUAAUAAUUUCCUCCAAGAAAUUGGCAAAAGCAAAACAACACCUAAAACGAGAACGAAAAAUCGAUCUUUCAAUAUUUAAGCGAUUUAUUGGGUAUCCAGCUUUACUCACAUUCCAAACAAAUCCCAAGCGAGUUGCACUCUUAGCGUAGACGUCUUGCUUCGCGUUCAGAUUCGAGCAGCGUCAAGAUAUCACCCUCACGGACUGGUCCCUUCACGUUACGGAUGAUUUGACGGUUCUGUUCUCCAAGGAACUCCACUUUGACUUGGGUACACUGGCCCUGGGAGCCGGUGCGGCCAAGAACUUUCAUGACGCGAGCCCAAACAACUGGUUUGUCCAUGUUUUCUGUGUAAUUUCAGCGAGUUUCUGUAGAGAAUUCACGUGCGAGUUGCGUUUCAAUUGACAGACGCAAACGAAAA